UGUAAACAAUGAAGGUCGCGAUUUAUUACUCAAGACUUUUAAUGUAAUUGCGACUUAUUCAGAAAGUUUGCACCAAUUUUAAGUCGACAUUCUGUUAAGGAUAAAAUAUGCAACCACGAUAUGAUUUACCAUGGCAUGACAUACAGUGACACAACUGGGGCAUUCUACUAGUCAGGGAUGAUGCAGCCUUAUUCUGGGUUUAGCAGUCCAGGACCGAUUCGACUGCCGCCUGGAAAUCUCGAACCUGUUGAGGAGAUUCCUGGAGAUUCCGACUUUGAUGACUCUGAACAUUCUCAGACUAUUUCUGACAUCAGUCUGAGCAGCAUUGAAGAAGAAGAGGACUUUGAACAGGAGUUUGAAAAUGAAGAAGGUUCUAUCAGAGAAAAGGAUCCAGUCUUCGAAAAAAUUAAGGAGACUUUAUCAAAGACCUUAGAUCGGACAGAGUCUUGCGUUUCUGAUCUGAGCAGUGUGAGUAAUAUUAGCGACGGACCACAGGUGCAGAUAUCACAGCACUACACGUCGCUGCCAUAUGGCAUUCAACCAAGGGCUACUUAUGAACAUAGUAGUCUACAGGCUGAUAUUAUGGGAGUUGCCUAUAGUGGACGAAUGCGUAUGUUUGUGAUUCUCGACUCAAAAGGCAUCACCACCUGGAAGAGAGAUGUAGUGGACCCUAGAGUACGUCGAGCCCUGCAGUACCCAAAGUAUGAGUAUCGACUCAUCAUGUACAUCGUGUAUGCUCCCAAAUACAACUGCUACUUUGCCUUAGGAAAAGACUUCUCUGUGAAGGUGUUAAAUCGUGACUUUGAGGAGACAUGUUCUGUCAAUACGGACAUGCGGUCCAUUCUCUUCAUUCUUUUCAACCCAGUACGAGAUGAACUCAUAACGGGCGGAGUCGGUGGAAUAAAGAUAUGGCAGUUUCUUCAAGUAGCAGGCAAAGCUUUCACAGAGUUAAAGCCCCUUGCAAACUAUGAACUGAGAAUCAAGGACACUCUGCCUAAUGUUGGAGGUAGCUGGGUGAAGAAAGUGGAGCUGGACUACAACUUACAGCAUCUCUACUGCUGUUCAGACACAGACCUACAUGUUUAUGACCUCACUGGGAAGCUGCUAUUUAAGUUUGAAAGGGCUCACACCAUGGCCAUCACAGGCUGCUGUUUUUCAAUGUCUGCAAAAGUGCUCGUGACCUCCUCUGUGGAUUCUGAGGUGAAAGUAUGGAGUCUGACAGGUGGACUGGUUCAUACGUUCAGGGGUCAUUCCCGCGCAGUAACCAGUCUGUUACUUCACCCAGACACCUCAUCAGUUGUCAUCACUUCAUCCCUGGAUGGCUCCAUUCGCAUGUGGUCACUUGAUACCAUGGACCUGUUAUACAUGAUCGUGGUGUCUGCAGACGGCGUACUGUGGAUGGGUCUGACAGACGACAAGAUGCUGUAUGUGAGCACCUGCAGAAACAUCACACUUUGGCACCUCAACAAGUUCUACAGCUUCUGGAGCUUGGCACGCAGCCAAGUCACCAAUCUAUUUUUAGCCGGAUGUGAGGAAAAGUCCACUAGACUUGUUGCUAUAGGAGAUGAUAGCAGUGUGCGUAUCUUCUGCCGUGGCAACCACAAGAACAUCUCCACCGUGCUCCCCCCACCCGAUAUCUCGCCUCUGCAGAAGGUUCUCAGUGUCUGCUACAGCCGUGAGAAGAAUGCUGCCUUUCUAUUGGUCAACCCGAGAGAAAUAUGGGUCUAUACAACUAGGACUGACCCUGCCAGUCGUAUAUCCAAGUGGACAGUUUAUGAUCUACAACUGCCGUACAUCACAGGGGAUUCAUCCCUUUUCCCGCCGGGGGGUGGGAAUCAGCCCCCGAGCUCAUUUCUGGCCUUGCAUCGAGCGACUGAGAAUGGCAGUGGCAAUGAGAUAGCUGCCAACUGCUGUAGCUUGUGUAUUCUGAACUCUCCAGCCAUCAUGUGGACACUGCAUGGACCUUGCAGCCCCAUCAGGCGCACAUUUCUCCUACUGGGGAUGGAGGAUGGGAGAAUUCUGUUCAUGGACCCAGUGAUAAAGGGACAGAAGUACAUGGAACUGAAGGCUUCCAAGGAUGCUAUACAGGAGAUGCGUCAUGACGUGGCUCACAAGAGCCUGAUCACGCUGUGUCGCCUGAAGACCCUCGUGCUGAUACAGGUCUGGGGCCUGCCUCAGCUGGACCUCAUGCAUGAGUUCUACUGCGCACCUGACGUCACCAGCUAUGGCAGAGUGGGUUUGUCCAUGCUGACAGGUCAUGAGUCCGGCCACGUGAGUCUACACCCCCUGGAACCUGCAGAAGACCUUGGCAUUAUCAAGUCAAAGCAAGAGCCUCCCUAUGACAGUGUUGUGGACACCAAGAGACGACCUGAACAUCAGAAGUCUGUGGUCGCCCUGGAUGCACUGGCAGCCCUUCAGAUAUAUGUCACUUGCAGUGUGGAUGGAGCCAUCAAGGUGUGGGAUGAGAACAAGGUGCUUCUCACUGAGAUCAUGCUGGAAGAGUCUCCCAGUUCGGCAGCGUUUCUCAAUGACAUGGGUGACCUGCUUGUGGGGUUCAAGAAUCACAUCUUCUACAUUGAUCACACAAAGUUGUGUCCUGCAUUUAAACCACCUGAAAUUGAGAUGGAAACUUCUGACCAAGAGUCGGAUGUGUAUGAAGACCCACGAGUCCUGUAUGAGUUGUUGGUAGAAGACGAUGAAGAAGUCACCCUGGAUAACUACCUGGUGCCGUAUGACAAUCUGGCGUUUGACAAUGAUUUUCUGGAAGGGAAGACAAAGAUAGAGCAGCCUAAAACGGCAGCAGAAGUUGUAGAGAGCAGUGAGUCAGAGACCGAGACUGACAUCUCGCUGGCCCCGUCAUCUAUCUACAUGUCCCCUGCUGACAGUAUCGAGUCCCUGUCAAUGAUUGACCUCACCCUAGGGGCAGACUACUCCAAGUACGAUCUCCGGGAUCAGAUGAAGGCUACACUCAACCAAAUUGGAAUGAAAGCAAGAGAGGACAAUAAAUGGAAAGGAAUGCAUCCAGCAAAAUUGUACCUAAAAUUGCGUAAAAUCCAGUUAGCUACUGCUAAAACCUCUAAAUAUGUACAUAGACGAAAGAAAAGAGAUGCGAGGAAGUGGCACAAGAACGUGAACAUUGAGUCGCUGGGUCAGUCAGACCUGGAGGACAAGGAGGUGGAGGUGGAGCUGGAGAGGUUCUCACUGCCGCUGUUUGGCCAGUCCCCAGGGGGCUCCCCUAGUAUCACCCCGCCCUCAAGUGAGGCCUCACCCCGCCGGGGCAGGGAUCAGGAAGAGGAGUAUGAGGAGUACAGUGAUAGGGAAAGGGGCAGGAAACCUGGGUUUGUGCCAAUAUUACCUCCAGACCAACAAGUGGCCGCUAAAGAAGGGUCCGCUCUUGAGAAGCAAUUGGCAGGGUAUACCGAGGAAGAAGGGAAAGAAGGGGCUGCCCAGAGGCUGAAAGGGGCCAAGGUGGACAUCAGGGGUCUGAUGAAGAAGCGUCGCAUCACGUCAGGUCGGGCCCCGUCUCUCACAAGGCGCUCGUCGAUGGACCACGCACAUGAUGAGCACGAUCAUGAACAUGAACACGGACAUGACGACAAGCGCUCCAAGAAGGAGAUCAAGAAGAAGCAGAAGCCGGAGAUUGCCCUGCGAGACCGCCAGGUGGACAUGAGUAAGCUGGCUGCCUUGCCACCCAACCCGCCCAGCAUGUUGUCUCGGAAACGGUCGCUCGGCGACCAGCAGAAGAACUUUGAGCUCACCUUGCUACACCGCCCUGAGAUUAAUAGAACAGACCCAAACAAUUUUAAUUUAACCCAAGUAAAAUUGGACGGCCAACAAGAUGCAGAUCAAUUGCAAGAGGAGCAAUGGGCGAAAGAAGCUGCAAUUCAUGGAACAACACUAACUCUGCCACCACAGAAGGACAAGAACAGAGCAAGGCAAAUAGACAAGCCGGACAAAUUGGAUCCCAGAACACAGAGGAAGAAACAGCAGGAUGGUGAUUCCAUGGAGACCCACAUUCCAGGGGUGGGGUCAUCCCCAACGGCUGAACUGGAGGAUUCUGCUAAACUGGAGAGCUCAAAAGGGGAGAUAACUAACAGGAAACAGAGGGUUGAUGACAGUGGGAAGAUCAUUGAGAUUACAGAUCACAGCUCUGGAAAAAUACUAGAUGAUGGUAACAUGGAGGGAGUGACGGAUCUGGAUACAAACGCACCAGAAACCCAGAUACAGCGGACCGAAAGGCUGGGUUAUAAACUGGACUCGGACAAAGUUUUCGAGAAUGAAAAAACUGAGAAAAAUGAUAACACCCUUGGUAUAAAUGUCACAAGACGGAAUCGACCAAAGCUUAAUGUGUACAUUCCACAGGCAGAGAGAGAAAGUGUUUCGAGCGCAAAAUCAUCAAGAAGAGGUACCCCUGACUCCGGUAUCGAUGACUCCACAUUUUCAAAUCAAGGUGUCCAGACGCCUAGAUCUCCCCUUGGCAAGCUUCCUGAUGAGUCGGUUGAUCAUCAGGUUGUCCAGGUGGAGUUGUCUGCUCCUGCUGAUGCUCUCUCUGAAGAAGAUAAAGUUAGUGCAGCAAAUAGGCCUGCUACAUCGUUUACGGGUCUUCGGAGAGGGCAACUUGAAGGAGAGAAAUUGAAAUCCGAAAGACCUCAUACAGCUCAUGUUAGAUUUAGAGCAGAGAUUGAAGCGUUGGAGGAUUUACAGACUGCCUUUGAGGAAGCACUGAGAAAAUACCAGAAUCUCCCAGGAGCCCCAACUUUUGUUUCUGCUGACAAACUGUAUAAAAAUGAUGGUGUAAACUUUGAGGAAAACUGGCAGGAGAGGGCCAUUGAAAGGCAUACGUUGCUGCGAAUGCAGAAAGAGAUUCGCGCCCAGUCAGCGGCGCAACGACGGAACGCCUAUGACAUGAUCCAGAAAGACAAACAGGCACAGAAACUCUUUAACUCUCGAUGUGACUCUGCCAUUGGCGGGUUCUCCCAGACCGAUACCUCAAGUAUUCAGAUGGUGAAGCGCGCCAACACAUCCAUGUCUGUGCCUAUCACCAUGGGUUACGGGGUGGGUACUGCCCCACCGCCUAUUAGAGACACACCCCGCCCCAAGACUGCCGGCCCAAACAUGCAGCAGCAGCAGAUCCUGAAAAAUGAACUGAGUCAGGAGAAAGCAUACCGGUACAGGUUGAGCAAGCAGCAGCCCUCUACUGCACGGUCGCGGCCUGCCAGUUCCAAGUCCAUCUCCACAGUUGCAGACUUCAGUCCACACUGGAUUGAUCCGCGCAACCCAGACGCUUGGAGACUUAAGUCCAGUCGGUCUAUACCAAGCAAGUGCAAUCGUUAUGUCCUAGUGAGCAAGCCUAGGGAGAAACCAACCAUGGCUGCCCCUUCACCACUAGAGGAGCAGCUAUUGGUCGAGAGGUUCCCGAAAAUGGGGUCAAAGGUCGUUCCUAAUAUGGCAGAACUGAUAACCCCAAGGGUCAAAAAGUCAUAUACAAUGGAGUACAGUCCAUUUGUAUAUCAGAGAUUUGCAUAGCACUGGGAAUUCGUUUAGUGUAGGAAACAAAUGUGCCUUUUAAAAACAACAACUUUUUUGUACAUGUAUGUGCUUCAAACAUGUGAAAACAUGUUAUAUCAUUUUCCAGGUAAUCUAUGCAUUUAUAUUUUCAAUUUGAAAUCUUAAGCAUCACUUAUUUAAAUUUAUACUUUACCUUACCAUAUGCAACAAUGUUUUUAACUUAAAGUUAUUUAUCUUAAUUUGCAUCGACAUCUUUAACUUAAUUUUUGAUAAGUAAUUAAUGCAUUAAGUUGUCACAUUUUUCAUCAACUAUUUCAAGUUGAUUAUCUGCUUGAUACCUAUGUUUAAUUCAUUUAAUUUUAUCAUUUGCUACAGAAACGUGCCUUAAAUAUGCUUGUAAACAACAAAAAUGUGUGUACGUACGUUUAGUAUGUGCAUGAUGUCUAUGCAUUUCAGUUGUAAUAGUGAUUUGGUGGUAAUCCAUUAAUCAGUAGUUAAGCAACUUUUGUGUCUGAAUAUCAGCUUCAAUCAGUCAGGUUGCACUGAAAACAUUGCUGCACAAUUUGCCAUUUCUCCCUUGCGUGGAUUUUAAGAAUCCACUGUCUGUACAGCCAUGCUUGCUGUGUUGCCUCCCCAUGUUGUUAUUAUUAUUUUAUCAUCUAUUUUGCAUUUCUAUCUUUACAUACCAGUAUGACUCAUCAACUGUGUGCAUUUAAUUCCACACAAAAUCAGGGUUUGCUUGUUUCCUAUUUUCAUUUAAUAAUGAUGUAACAAAAAAUUAUGUGUAAGGUGCUUGGAAGGAGUAUUGACAAGACAAAACACUGUCUCAUUCACUAUUGGGACUAUAUGUAAGCUAAAUUUAUAGGGAAGGGGGGGGGGGCUAUAACUCUAAACAUGUAUUGCUCAAAACAUUAUUGGAGUAUUUUUUUCACUGAUUUGACAGUUCAUAUAUAUUUAUAGUUCAACUAAGAAAUAUUUCUGACAAUACCUGAAUAUUUCUACUAAAUCCUUAUGACUUAAAGUGCUAACAGUGUAAUUAUAAUAUGAAAUUGGUCAGUAACUGGGUAUAAAGAUUAGGCGAAUGGAAUAAUUUUUAAUUGAAUAAACAAUUAUAAUGGGCAUGCUGCCUGGAGAAAACUCCUACACAAAUACAAGCUGCUACAGUUUAUCCUACAUCUAUGAGUUCAUGUAUAUUGACAGUGUGAAUUGAUUUUGUCAUUAGUAUGAUGUGAAGUGUAAGUUAAUCAUGUUAGCUGCUCAACAUUGCAUUUAUAUUAUCAGUACAUAUUCAGUCAGUAUUUUGGUACAAAUUGUACAUUCUGUCAGUUCUUUGAAAUUAUUAAUGAGCCACACAGCCAGUAUUACUUGAGUUACUUCUGUUUGCCAGAAACAAAUCUGUGAUGUGUGAAUGCUAGUUAAUUUACUUUAAAACAUGUAAUUGAUGUAUGUUUUUACAGAGAUCUUUAUUUUGUUCAACGCAAAAGUUUUAUUUAAAUCUGAACCAUACCUGAACCAUUAGUUUUUUUUUGCACUACUACAAUAUAUUUUGAUCAGUGCCAGAAAUAUUCAUAUUUGGUAAGCUAGAUGUUUAUGUUGUGGUUUAUCAAAAAUCUAAAACAUACAGCCAACACGCUCAAGCAAUAGUAAUACUACUCCUAAACAUCUCACAGACAUGACCAUCUAAUCUCACAAAAUCUCCAACAUACUAUUCACAAAUGUAUUGCCUUGUUUGCUGUAUAUAAUUGUUCUAUGACAUAACACAAGUUUAGUUCAAGUUUGGAAGACUUGCCAACUAAACAACCACAUAGAAUUUCAACAUAAAACUGUGUACAUGCAGUCACAAGUCGUACAGACUUGUCCCCUCUAUGCUUGUGCUAAGAGAAGUCUUCAAUUGCAAGAAAGAUAUCAUACCAGUAUUGUGGAUAUCUCGGCUCAACACAUGAUCAAAUGUGAUUCUUGGACAUGUUUCAUUAUAAUAUGGUGUCAUUGUUGAACAGCAUUAAAAUAAAAAUCAAAUAGAAACAUGAAGCAAUGCCGUGACCUGCUCAUCCAUUACAUGAAUAUAAUUCACCUGAACUUGUGUACAGA